AUGGUGUACACGGGCCAAAUGUACGCCGAAAUGAUAUUACUCUAUGGUGCCAAUAAUUUUGUCGGCGCUAGGGCAGCCCGGGAAUUCAGUGAGCGUCAUGCCGAUUGGCCCGUCCCAACUCCAAAAGUAGUUCUGGACGCGGUGAGAAGGUUCCAAAGUACAGGAAAUGCAAUGUCGGACCACCAUGAGGCGGGUCGUCCUCGAAUAGUCGUCAAUCCAAGGAAUCGCGAAAGGAUUUUGGAACUGGCGGCAGCGAAUCCGGAAUUGGGGAUUCGAAGAAUGGCAGCUCAAUUGAAUUUGUCCUAUUAUGCAGUACAAAGAACAUUAAAGAUGGAGAGAUGGCACGCGUACCACCCGACACGUGUGCAAAAUCUCCAUCCUGGAGAUACAGCACAUCGUUUGCGAUUCUGCAGGUGGAUUGUGGCGGAAAAUCGCAGAGAUCCAAAUUUUCUGUUCCGAAUUUUGUUUACGGACGAAUCGCGCUUCGGCAAUGACGGGAUUUGGAAUUUUAAGAAUUUUCACUAUUGGGCGCCUAUAAAUCCUCACAUGACAUCAGUGAGAGGAUUUCAACAUCGAUUUACGAUCAAUGUCUGGGCCGGUUUGAUUGGUGAUCGUCUGAUUGGUCCCUUCAACUUCAGGGGAAUCCUGACAGGCGCCAGGUAUAAUAGGCACAUGCUACAACAAGUGACUCGUCGUCUUCGAAAUGCUGGAUUUACCGAUGAGGAGAUCCGUCAUAUUUGGUACCAACAUGACAAUGCGCCUACCCACACGCAUCGAAUGAACCAAGCCUGGCUUCAAAGGCGUUUUAGAAACCGAUUCAUCGGUCGAGGUUCAAGAGUUCCAUGGCCGCCACGAUCUCCCGAUUUGAACCCUCUAGAUUAUUUCUUUUGGGGAAAAAUCAAGAGUGAAAUAUACCGUCAUCCAGUCCAAAACAUGGAGGAAUUGAUGGAGUGGAUUCGAGUGGCUGUGCAGGCUGUCCGAGAUGAUCCGGCAAUGAUUCGAAGAGCCAUCUAUGAUUUGGUCCACAGAGCAGAACUUUGCAUUCAACAAGGAGGUCACCAGUUUGAACAACUGCUGCGUUAG